CUUCUUGAAAUUUUGACACUCAUAUCAAACAGACCUCGACUCACACCCACACUCACUUACUGUCUACACAAGUACGGGACGGCCGCUCGCUAUUAAAUCACAAUGGACGGUAGUAUGGUGCCGGCCAUUGGCGACGGCAAGUCAACCCACCCAUUGAAACUCUUCGACAUUGCCAGAUCCCAAGAUCGCUUCCUUACAGCAUGUGCGCCCAUGGUGCGCUACUCCAAACUCGCCUUCCGCCAGACGGUGCAUCACUACGGCACCGACCUCUCCUGGACACCCAUGAUCCUCGCAAAGGAGUUCAACAGAUCCUCCUUUGCGCGCGACGGCGACUUGACCAUCAACACGGCCGGUCCGCAGCCGCCCACCAUCCUGCAGUUCGGCGCCAACAGCCCGCGCGAGCUCGCAAGGGCCAGUCUCCUGGCCAUCCCCUGGGUCAAUGGCGUCGACCUCAACUGUGGCUGCCCCCAGAGCUGGGCGUGCGCUGAGACGCUGGGCGCCGCCUUGAUGAACCAGCGGGAGCUCGUCAGGGACAUGGUGCUCGAGACGCGAAGCACGCUGGCCGAUGCCGGCUGGCAUGUUGGCAUAGACAAGGACAAGGAGAGCGCUACGGGAAGGAGUGUCAGCGUCAAGAUCCGCAUCCACGACGACCUCAGGAGAACCAUGGACUGGAUCGAUACCGUCAUCGGGGACCCCAACAACAGGAACGUGGACUGGAUCACGAUUCAUCCGCGCACGCGAAGCACCCCUUCCACGACGCCCAUCCGAGAGGACGCCCUCGCUAUCCUGGCGGAGAAAUACAGCCCCAUCUUACCAGUUCUCCUUUCGGGCGACGUCUUCGAUGCCAGCGCGCUGCCAUUCCAGGCAUCCACGCCCGCCACCCAGGAGACGUUGACACUGAACGACAUCCUGCCCCGAGACAAGACUGAUGGCCCAAAGCCCAGCAACACCAACAUUGCAGGCUUCAUGUCGGCCCGCGGUCUCCUGUCCAACCCAGCUCUCUUCGGCGGACACUCGACAUGCCCCUGGGAGGCGGUCGAGUACUUCAUGAACAGAGUCGCCAGGGCGCCGAUCCCUUUCAAGCUUACGCUUCACCACGUCCACGAAAUGGUCUCGCCCGGCAUGGGCAAGGACAAGACGGCUCUCCUCGAUCGCAAGGAGCGCGCGCAGCUCAAUCGUCUCACAAACAUGUUUGACCUCAUCGACUUUCUCGACGUCAAGAUAGCGGAGAAGACCGGCCAAAAUGGCAUGCGCCGCGACCUGUGAAACAUACAUGCAUUCAUUUCGUUCAUGUCCGUCCGUCCGUCCGUCGGUACGUACGUCACGGCACUAUUCAUUCUACAAACCCGCCAGGACACCCUGGAUCCCAACCGUACCCGAAUCAUCUCGCCGUUGCACAAAAGCCCGAAACUCGGCCUUGGUCAGCUUCCCCCGGGCCGCGACGCCCGUGCCAGCCGCGCCCGCCAG